AUGUCGGUUGUGGUUAAUGGGAGUCCUACUAAGGAGUUUGUUGUAAAGAGAGGUUUAAGACAAGGGGAUCCAUUAUCGCCUUUUCUUUUCGUUAUUGUGGGGGAGGCUCUUACUAGGUUGGUGCGGAAAUCCAUUGAAAUUGGAGAAUAUGAGAAUUUGGUGAUUAAGCGGAGUUGUAGUGUAGAUAUUCUUCAAUUUGCGGAAGACACUUUAAUGGUCAGCGAAGGUUCUUGGAAGCAAAUAAAGGCUUUAAAGAUUGGUUUGAGAGCUUUUGAGCUAGUCUCGGGUCUUGGCAUCAAUUUUCAUAAAAGCAAAUUGAUUGGGAUUAAUGUUUCGCCUCACUUUAUGGAUGCCGCCUCUUUAUAUCUUUCUUGA